CCCGCCAUCAUUGAAAUGUCGGUUGUAUUUGCACUCGACAGAGUGUGACAGAGUGACAUCGCCGGUGUGUAACGCCGGUAUAUUGUUGUGAACUUUUACGUUAGCUAAGAGAACGUUAGUUGUAAAUAAUAACAUUCGUGGCUGUGAUGUAUAUAUAUACCACUUGAUGAAUAUAAGGGAUAUCCUGUAAUUAACUCAAAGAAUUAGUCGAGUUUCUUAUCAACAAGAUCUGAGUACAGUACAAUUAAUAUGGCAAAGAACAAAGCUCAGGAGGCAAAAACUGCUAAAACUAGAGUCAAAUCUGUGCAUAUAAAUGCACCUAAGCCAAAUAAAAAUAUGUUAUCCACAAAUGCUAUAGUCACUGCUCUAUGUAUCGCCGUUGCUUCUUGGUUUGGAUACAAAGGAUACCUCGAAACAAGAGUCAAUACUCCAUUCAAUGUAGAAAAGCUAGUUACUGCAUCUGGUUUGGCUUACCCAGACAGAUAUUGGGGCACGUACAGACCCGGUGUUUAUUUCGGCUUAAAGACAAGAGAUCCACAUUCUUUGGUAACUGGUUUGAUGUGGUACUUCCCGCGUCUUCUACUUCCCGAUGGUAAUGGAUUGAGACACUGGUGUGAGCAGGGUGAUGGACUGAACAGAUACGCGUGGCUGGAACACGACGGUAGGACAUUUGGCGUCCAAGAGAUAGUGGACAAUCACUCGACUAUUAGAACAACGUUUGUGAAGAGACUCGGCGGGUAUCACGGCGGCGAUUGGACCGCGAGAAUCGCGGUGUCGAACAAGCACGAGGGGGAAGAAGUGUCACUGCUGUUCUACACUGCCAUCGAGGAAGACACGAAGGGCUGGAUAAAGGCUAAUCUAGGGGACGAUAAUCACCUCACGGGAAUAGAGGGAAACACCCAAGGUUUGGGGUCUUUUGUCAUCAAUUUAAAUGUGAUCCACGGCACCGUGGAGGAGCAUUCUUUUCUCGCGACGGCUGCCUCCGGCUUGAACGUGCUGAGGGAAAAUGUUCUCUGCAACCUCCGGCUGGCGAGUCAGAAGGGGUCCGCGAAGAAACGCAUAGUCUUGGCCGGCGAGCAGUUGCCUCUGUCGAACGACGGCAAGAAGAUCGAUCCGAAUUUCAUCGUCACCCAGGUGACGGGCAGGAUCCCCUUCGAGAUCGAAGUGAGCUACGAAUCCGGCAGCUUCGGCACCAGAAUACACAAGUUAACGGGCGAGAACUACGACGAGGCCCUCGAGAGGCAACGGCGGCUGUUCGCCGACAAGUUCGAGAGCGUCUUCAAGCUCAAGUCCAAGGGAUACACAGAGAACGAGGUGACGUUCGCGAAGAUGGCGUUCUCGAAUCUGCUGGGCUCGGUGGGCUACUUCUACGGGGUGUCGCAGGUGCAGAGUGUACAUAACAAGGGACCCGUGCCUUACUGGAAAGCGCCUUUAUAUACCGCCGUGCCCAGCAGGAGCUUCUUCCCGCGGGGUUUCCUCUGGGACGAGGGUUUCCACGGCUUGCUCAUCUCCGUCUGGGACAUGGAGAUUGAGCUGGACAUCGCGUGCCAUUGGUUCGACCUGAUGAACGUCGAAGGUUGGAUACCCCGCGAGAUGAUCCUCGGCCAAGAGGCGCUCGCUAAAGUGCCCGAGGAGUUCGUCACGCAGAUCAAUACAAACGCGAAUCCGCCGACGUUCUUCCUGACCUUAGACUUCAUACUUCAGCACAAGGAGCACGAGCUGUCGGAGAAGCACUUCCAGGUGCUCGACAAGCUGUACCCGCGGCUCGAGGCCUGGUUCGCCUGGUUCAACACCACCCAGGUCGGCGAUCUGCCCGGCACGUACAGGUGGCGAGGCAGAGAUGCGUCCGCUACUCGCGAGCUGAACCCUAAAACGUUGACCUCCGGCUUGGACGACUACCCGAGGGCCUCGCAUCCGAACGAUGACGAGCGUCACGUCGACCUGCGUUGCUGGAUCGCCUUCGCCGCUCGCGUCAUGGCCAAGAUCGCCGAAACGUUGAAUUAUCCCGGCAACAAGUACCGGGAAACGUCGCAGUACCUGUCCGACAACGAGCUGCUCAACAAGCUGCACUGGUCGCCGGACACGCGAGCCUACGCCGACUUCGGCUUGCACACCGACAAAGUGGCGCUGAGGAAACCCGCACCGGCCUCGCACACGCAGCGCACGCAACGCGCUCAACCGUCGGGGAUGCUUCGCGUCGUGCUGGAGAAUCCAACCCUGAGAUUCGUCGACACGACCUUCGGCUACGUGUCGUUGUUCCCGUUCAUCCUGCAAAUCGUCGAGCCCGACUCGCCGCAACUCGCCAAGAUACUGCGGGAUCUGCGUGACCCUGACCUCCUGUGGACCAAGUACGGGCUGCGCUCGCUCGCCAAGACCUCGCCGCUCUACAUGAAGUACAACACGGAGCACGACGCGCCCUACUGGCGCGGCCCCAUCUGGGUAAACCUUAACUACCUGGCGGUGCGGGCCGCCUAUCAUUAUUCCAACGUGGAGGGCCCGUACCGGGAGGACGCGAGAACGGUGUACGAUGAGCUGCGCCGGAAUCUGAUACAGAAUAUAAUGAAUCAGUACAGGAGGAGCGGCUACCUCUGGGAGAAUUACGACAACGAUGUAGGGGCGGGCAAGGGCAGCCAUCCUUUCAGCGGCUGGACUUCCUUGGUUGUGCUGCUUAUGGCGGAGAUAUAUUAGAAACUGUACCGUCGCGCCAUCGCCAUUGAAACGUUUCACGGAAAGCAGAAUCAAAAGACACACUGCGUGUGUUCAUUUAGAAUUAUAUCACACGGUCCUUUUGUAGUUUGUAACAUAUGCGCUUUAGCAUAGAUACGCAAGGAUAAUGAUUAUGAUUAGAGUUACUACACGUAUUCUCUAACGAGGGAUUCCUUUUUUUUUUUUUUCAGGGGAAAAUAUCCGCGAGAUAUGCGACGAUGCAAGAAGACACAUAUGAAAUAUCACAUUUGCGUUAGAUGAAAAUAAUACAGGGUGUCUCGUGAAAAUGAAAUAGAUUCUACCUCGGUGAAAAGGUGGUGGGAACUGUGGGAAAGAAUUGCAGGAGAAAAACAAGAUGAUACCUACUUUUAUUUUUCUUUCUUGUCGGGGACAGAUUCCAAGACUUUCUUGUACACGAUCAAAAUAUCGCAUCGGUUGAUCGGUGUAAUUCCAUACGCUGAAGAUAAUCAGUCCUUUUGCGUGACACAAGUAUCCUAGAUAAGCGUUCUAAUGGUAAUUAGCUGCACUGUUAUAAGGAUUUUCUAUUAUAAUAUUGCGAUGGAAGUAUCCUAAUAUUAUAUGUCGGAAUUUGAAUGACAAGGCGUUUUGGGCGAGACAAAUUUUUUAUUCUUUUGUACUGAGCGGAUAUACAUUUGGUUUUUGCUAUUGAUACUACUACUACUUCUAAUAAAGACAUUACAAAACUUGAACAGAUCGUACAACGGGAAAGUGCAUAUGCUGUAUACAAUUACCAAAGAAGAUUACAAUUACAAAAGAAAAAAAAGACAGCAAGAAAAGACGGCUGUGAGUCUCUAAAAACUUAUAUAUUGUAUAUAAUAUUAAGCUAUCUUUGAGGAAAAACAAUGUUUUGUCAUUUGUCACUAUAGUAUGGCCCGGAGAUCACAAUACUUAUUUUUUGAUUGCACACUUCUCUCUAAUCUAGCCGACGUUUUUUAAAUUGUUUUAAUAGAAUAUAUAUUAU